UAUAAAUUCAAGAUGGCGUUGAAGGAGGCAGUUCACAAUCAAUUGAUGAAUGAAGUCAUCAGGACUGUGAAGAAAGACGGAGAAUGGAAAGUCCUGGUUCUUGACUUUCUCAGCACACGCAUGGUGUCAUCAUGUUGCAAGAUGACAGAGAUUAUGUCAGAGGGAAUCACAUUGGUGGAGGAUCUGCACAAGAGGCGGGAACCGCUCCCUUUAGAAGCUGUGUACCUCAUCACACCCACUGAUAAGUCCGUACGAGCUUUAAUGAAUGAGUUUCCAGGAACUAAGAACCAGUACAAAUGUGCUCAUGUAUUUUUUACUGAAGCUUGUCCAGAUGAGAUUUUUAAUGAGCUGAGUAAAUCACCUUCUGCCAAGUUCAUCAAAUCUCUGAGGGAGAUUAACAUUGCAUUUCUACCAUAUGAGUCUCAGGUGUUCUCACUUGACUCUGCGGAGAGUUUCCCGUUUUUCUACAACCCAAUCUUAAAACAAGCGGGUCGUACUUUAAACUUGGAGAGAUGUGCAGAACAAAUUGCCACUCUGUGUGCCACGCUGGGCGAGUACCCAUCUGUUAGAUAUAGGAGUGAGUUUGACAAGAACGCUGAGUUUGCCCAGAUGGUUCAACAGAAGCUAGAUGCAUACAGAGCAGAUGACCACACAAUGGGAGAAGGACCACAGAAAGACCGCUCACAGCUGCUGAUCCUGGACCGAGGGUUUGACCCAGUCACUCCACUCCUCCAUGCCCUCACUUUUCAGGCCAUGGUAUAUGAUCUCCUGCCCAUCGCCAAUGAUGUUUACAAAUAUGUGAGUACAAGUGGCAAUGACAUGAGUGACAAGGAAUACCUUUUACACGAGAAUGACGAGUUGUGGGUAGAGCUCCGCCACCAACACAUUGCUGUUGUAUCACAGCAGGUAAACAAGCAACUAAAACAGUUUAAGCAGGAGAAGCGUCUAAAGGACUCUGAUGGAGGUAAAGCCAACAUGAGGGACGUAUCACAAAUGAUUAAGAAGAUGCCCCAGUACCAAAAGGAACUUAGCAAAUACUCCACCCACCUACACCUGGCUGAGGACUGUAUGAGGAUCUACCAGAAACAUGUAGACAAGCUCUGUAAGGUGGAACAGGACCUGGCCAUGGGUACAGAUGCUGAGGGAGAAAAGAUCAAAGACCACAUGAGGAAUAUUGUGCCAAUUCUGCUGGACCAGAACAUUGCUGCAUAUGACAAGAUCCGCAUUAUCCUUCUCUACAUCAUCCACAAAGGAGGAAUCUCUGAGGAAAACUUGGCAAAGCUUGGACAACAUGCCCAGAUCCCACCAGAGGAGACCUGCAUCAUCACCAACACACAACACCUUGGAGUCCCCAUCAUACAGGAUGCAGCUGGUACCAAGUCCUUUAGUGUUGGACUGCUAGAAGAUGCUAGCUAUGGCACUUUUCAGUCCAUAGCACAGGGUGGAAGGAAGAAGCCCUCUCAGCCGUAUCACUCCACCAACAGACGGGAGAGAAAGGAGAACACGUACCAAGUGUCCCGCUGGUCACCGUUCAUCAAGGACAUCAUGGAGGAUGCAACAGAGGAGAAGCUUGAUACACGUGCCUUCCCCUUCCUGUCUGGAGGGGUUCAAAGGUCAAGUGGGAUGAGGAAACCACCAAUCAGUGCACGGUAUGGUCACUGGCACAAGGACAAGACUCAGGCUAGCUACAAGAGCGGCCCAAGACUCAUCAUCUUCAUCAUGGGGGGUGUGUCCUAUGCUGAGAUGAGAUGUGCUUACGAGGUUACCCAGGCAUGUAAAAACUGGGAGGUCUUGGUUGGUUCAACGCACGUACUGACUCCAGAAGGUUUCCUUAGCGACCUGAAGACCUUGACAACGUAGACACUAACUGAUAACAAGGCAAGCACAGUGAUGGAUCGGUAUUUGUCAAAAUAAAUCUGGCAGACAAUCAUCAAGAGUGAAUGCUGUGACGAUGUCAGACCAUAAAUAGCAUGAAACCCCUAAGUAAAGGCAAUGGGUAUACAUUGAACACAAGACCUACACAACAGAGUGUCAGCGGACCUGUGGAGUAUCAAUGUACUCCUCGGAUCUGGUGCACACCGACCACUCUAUACUCGAGUUAGAUAGACAAUGUAUAAAUGCUAUUUAAACUUUCUCUUUUUUCAUCAAGGCUUUUGAACAAAUGUGCAUAGUGUAGUUGAAUAUUAUACUAUUGACAUCUUGGUUUUGAUUUGUGACAAUUUCUUACAGACUACUGAUACAUGUUGAAUGUGUAUGCUUAAGUAGCGUGUACUAUCUAGAAAAUGGUAUCGAUUUUAUUUUCUUAUUAUGAGAAAAGUUAAACUCCAUUUCUCAUCAGACUAUUAAUGUUAGAGAAAAAGGAGCAGUGUUGUAGCCAAUGGAUGUUGAUAGUAUGCUAACAUGUUAGGUACAUUCAGGAUUUGUACACUGACCUAGUCAAAUUGAUUUAGCUUUUUGUUGGAUUUUUUAUUUUUUUGUUAAUACAAAAUUUACUAAUCUUGUGGAAUUUACAUUUAUCUCCUGAUUUCAUCAUAUGUCAUAUUAACAUAUUUAUUCUCAAUCUUCAAAUUUCAACAAAUUGUCUGUAUGUAUGCUACUGGGGAUUUUUUAAUUAUUUCAAUAAUGUAUAAGAAAAAUAUUUUUCAAAACUAGGAGGUGAGUCAUUUGAAGUUUAGGAUAAAACAAGCUUAAGUUUCCUGUACGGUGACCCGUUGAGGCUGGGCUAUAGGUUACCAGUAAGAUAAUGACAUUAGGUGUACGACCUGAAUGGAAAUAAGCUUGUCAGGUUGGGUUAACACAAGGAAAGCUACAUGAUGGUGGACUUAUCAAGGACGCAUUCUGAUGAGGUUUGUUUCAGACGAGAUAUAUACAACCUAAUUGGAGAGAGACUUAAGAUGAGGAAAGCAAACUGUAUGUUGAUGAUGGAACAAAUUGGACGGUGGGUAUGGAAUGAAACUUAUUAGAUGAGGACUACUCCCUGUGGGUUGUCUUGUCAAAGAAGAAGGAUACAAACACUUUAUUUAUUGUAGACGCUUGUGGUCACGCUCCAUCACUUACCUACUUUAUUUAUUGUAAAAGACUGAAAUAAUCUUCAAUACAACAAAUCUUUGUUAUAUAGUCAACUGCUGUGAUGUUUUAGAUGACAAUAGCUUGUGCUGACUGUCACUUUGUUAUUUAAGGUGUAUUUAUAUGAUAGAGUAUCCUUUGAUGUGUGUACGAUAGGUAAGCUGGUUUAGACUUUGUUACCAUGUUACUUGUUUAUCACAGGUAGAUCACUUACCUCGGACGUAGAAAUGUGUAUUAACUUCAAAUAAUUUAAUUUUACAUUACAUGGUUUAUAAAAUGUAUUAAAUGUGCGUAUUUCAUGUUGUGACUGUUCUAGUUGAUGUAGUGCUAUAUGGUUGACUUACCAUAUCUUGGGGCAAAGAGCACCGCUGUUUAUACUUGUACAUAUUGAUCUGAAUAAUCUAGGCUUGUGUAGUAUUCACCUUCUAAAGGAACGUCAACAUCUUGUGUCCAUGCGUGAGAGGCUCAUUCCUAGGGAACGUAUAAUUCGUGCUUAUCACUGUGCUAAAAGGAGGAUAAAGUAAAUAAUGAUUUGAGUUGAGAGUAAUGUUUGGUGAGCUUUUUGGGUCAUUUAGAUGUCCUGUUAAAUUUGUAUGUAUCUGUUCUUAUAAGAAUGAUCAUGUUUUAGAAAUUGUGCAGAAUUUUAUGUUUUGAGAUGAAGAUUACGAAAGGUACCUUUGGUAUUGAUCAUUCCAUGUGUUGCUGUUUCAAUGACCAAUUACACUACGAAGCAAGUGUUCAGUACAGAUUCCUGUACGUGUUCAGCCAAUGUAAGCAUUAAUCCUGUCACAUCAUCACUAAAGCUGUUCUUGUCUUCUUCAUACAAUCAUGUAAUCAUUGAUUUAAUCAAUUACAAAUAUAAAUUAUGUGUAUUGAAGUUUUAAUUUUCGUACGUAUGGUAGAAUGUAAAUAUUGUAUUAUUAUCACUAUCAUGAACACUGCCAAAGCAAACAUUUAAAUAGUUAUAAAAACAGUGUCGAUGACAGCAGGGGGGGGGGGAAUCAAAUUUGUAGGAAAAAAGUUAAGCAAUGAAAAUUGUUCAUUAAGGAAAACAGAUUCCGUUCUUGAUGCACAUGCACAUUGAUUCAUGUGUAUGUGUUUUUCAGCUCCAUUUGACCUAUUGACCACCGAGACUAAUUCAUGUGUUAGUCUAUUGACACAAAAGAUCCCUGGUACCUCGUACUGCUAGCAUUCACACGGUAGUCCAGAAAAUGAGACUUUUUUUGUAAAAGCUUAAUAUUCUGAUUGAUAGAGGCACUAUGUUGUUUCUUGAUAGCUAUGCCUCUGUUGAUUUAUUUUUAUCAUUUGAAUUUAGAUUUGAAUAAUUACAGAACCUAUAAAUCGUCAGAAUGUGUUUUCGUAGCAUAUUCUGUGAUUAUUAUUCAGACUUCAUAUUAAUAUACUAUAUAUAUGUGUGUGUAUUGAUAAGGGACAGAAUGGCUCUGGAGUAGAAUUUAUUGUGUCAAAGUGAAUGUUACCAGUAUUGUUUAACAUUUUAUGUUUGUGUUUUGUAUUUCACCUGUAUAAUUUUAAUACAACUAUUUCACAUCACUACCCAUUGCAGAUUUUGGGUGGUUGAAAAUGUUACUAACAUAAAAACUCACAUCACAUCCUGUUGAUGGUAAAUACAUAAUGCAGUCUGUUAUCUAGAUUUCUACACAGGUUAAAGAACAAAGUGCAUUAUCAAACCUCUCCAUUAUAGCUGUAUGUGACUGUGAAUUCCUUUUAUUGUGAGUUUAUCUUAUAAUUUCCCUGUUUCUCUCCUUCAAAACCCUUUUCAUUGACCUUCCCUAUCAUCAAUUUCCCAUCACCCCCUCUCUGACUCCCCCUCUACAUCAGCCAUUCUCCAUAGCUCCUGCCCUGUUGAUACAAGAUGUGGAGAGGUAUUGUGCAAUAGUUUGUAUAUAGUCCCUACUACACAAACUAAUGGCCACUCUGGCCACUUGACCCUAAGAUUGUGUAACUGUCGGGCAAUUGUUGAUUGUAACUUGUGUUAGAGGAUCAAUUCGCUUCGUGCUCUUAAUAUGAAACCUGGGACUUAACCAGCCUUUAAUAAACUAGAAACAAAAAAAGUUUCAAAAACGCAUAUUGCUAAAAAUUUAAGAAAUCUAGAGGAAUAUUUUCUACAUGUCAACUGGACUGUUCUUCAUUUCACCUUGCCAUGUACAUUCUUUGAAAAUAUGUGUGACUCCUGGAAAAAGACUAAUGAAGUCUAUCAAAUGACGGUAUGUGGGAUAGAUAAAAACUCUACCCGAGGGUGAAGAAUUUGGAUCAGUACUGAGGCUUUGGUCGUGAGCCAAAAUUCUAAACCCAAUGGUAGAGUUUACCUAUCCCACAUGCCUUCAUACCUGUUAAUGAUUGACUAAAUUUCUCCCACCUCUUACCCAAGAAUUUGGUAAAAAUUGACAAUGACAUGGCAUAAUAAAGAAUAGAUUUUCUAGAUAUCUUACAAAUUAACGAAAAACAUAUUUGGCAAUAGUAGUAAAAAGCAUGGUAUACCAAAGGUAUACUUUAAAUAUUUAAAAGAGUGUGGAAAAACUUCACAGAAAAUUUGUUUAAAAAUCAUUUAUUUGCGUGUUGCCACAUGCUUACUGUGUGUUGGCAUUAAAUAUUCAUGUAUCACAGCUAAAUGAUGUUCAUAACUUUUUUUAAUGCUUACCCUUGUUUCCCUGCUUUCUUAGUUAAGAUUUCUUAGUUAAGAUUUAGUAAAAAAAAAGGUCAAAAGUUCCCACAUGUAUCUUCAUAUGGGAUAACUGUAUCUUUUAUAUGCAGAGGUGGGAGAAAAAAAAGGUUACAUGAACCCCCAAAAAGUUAAUACAAUGUACCAUAACAUGUAAUCUCCUUAGUGACCUGUGUACUCCCUAGAUGGCAACAAUAAUGAAAAGGAAAAUCUUCUUUAUAUUUCCUGUGUGCCAUGUUUUAUACUUGCACAAGUCCUACUUGAUUAUAGAUUUUACGAGUGUAUCUAUAUAUAUCUAUGUAUUUUUUACAUUUUCAAGUAUUUAGACUUUAUAUAUAAAUAUAUUAUAAGUCUUGAUACUUUUAUAAAACACAAAGCCAGUACUGUGGUUACCUUACAUCAAGGAAAUUGGAAAUAAUACCAGUCAACAGAAAUGUGUUGUGUUUUACGUCUGAGUAAACAUCAUAAUAGUGGUGUAUUACAAAGAGAACAUUUUCAAUUUGUGUUUCUGUGUAUGAAGAUAUAUCAUGUGAUGUGAUAAGCUAAUUUCGUUAAUGAAUAUGCAAUUGUUGCUUCAUAACAUUCUAUAUCAGUCGUUAUAUGUGUCACUUGAUCAAACUUAUUUCUGUUUCUCAGAUUAAAUGUAAAAUAACUAUC